ACUUGUAGUCGUAGCUACUGAGGACAAGGGAGUGAGGUAGAGCUGUAAUUGUUUUUUUGUUUUGUUUUGUUUUAAAGUUUGUGUUGUUAUGGGAUGCAGAAGCUUGUGGUUCACUGUCUAAGCUGAGAGACUUAAAGCGUCAGUGACUGAGAUGACGGGACACACACUCUGUAGCGCGAUGACAGACAGACACACGUGCUGCUGAAUGAAAUAACCGAGAGCAGCCGAUGCAGCGUAGAUGAACGGUAAAGCCGCCUAUGGGUUCCUGCUCCUCAACAGACGGACUCUGUUUUUAAUUUUUGAAGGGUAAAAGUGAAUAAAAACUCGAAUUUGGCACUGGAUCUGGUCUUUCUGGGGCGCUCGUGUCACGGACUUUUGUCUGGAAUGAGGAAGCGCGUGCCACAAACACCUGAAUGCGUCAUAAUCGGGAACGACCUGGUUGUAUAGUCUGGAGGACUAUCGGUGUCCGCUGUGUCCAAAGAGCGCCAGUUCGGUCUUUAUACACUCGGAUAAAAGGGACAUGACAUUGACACUGACAGUGCAUGGGUAGUACACACACACACGGAUAGUACACAAACACACACACACAGAUACAGAGAGACAAGAGGCAAGUCGCAACUUCAGAGCAAUUGACCUGUGGCGGUCUACACGAGCUGCUCUGAGGAUAUCCGACCCUGAAACAGAAGACAUCGCCGAGGACGCAGAAGACAAUUCGGGGAAACCUCUCAUUGCAUCGCAGCGAGGGCGGACGCCAUCUGACUUUCAAGUGAAUCCGACUGAGCAAAUCGGACUACAUUACUCGGGAUCACGGUCACUUCAGGAAUUAAGGGCGGACUUGUGCGUGCGCGCGCGACACCACAACAUUUAAGCAGCUGAUGCUGCACACAAGGUGCUCGUGUGAACUCGGACUGGUAGCGAAAUACACAAAGUAACCCGCCUGAUCUUGUGAAAUCCCCAAAGUGCCCUCGUUCGUGCCGGCGGGCUCCAUGAAGGAUGCGCGUGCGCUCGGGCACACGCGCUUGAUGAGGCGGCCGGCGCUAUCAUGCGUGUGUUGGCCGAGGCCAGCGUUCAGUGCCUGCGGCUCGCCUUCCUGCUGAUGGUGGCGGCGGGCGCGGCGCCCUCACCGGCUCUGAGCGCCGGCUGCCCGGAUCGUUGCGUGUGCGACGAGCAGCUGGUGGUGCAGUGCGCCGGGCAGAGGCUGAGCGUCUUCCCUGUGGACCUGCCGCUUGCUACACGCCAGCUCAUCCUGAGCGACAACCGCAUCGGCGAGCUCCCGCCGCUGCAACUCAACUACCUGUCCGACCUGGUGUACUUGGACUGCAGCAACAACUCUCUGACCGAGAUCUCAGAGUCGACGUUCGGCAACCUGCGCAAGCUCGCCUACUUGGACCUGUCGUUCAACGCGCUGGCGCGCAUCGAGGACCGCACGUUCGGCGCGCUCGCCAGCCUCGUCAUGUUGCGCCUCACGGACAACCCGGGCCUGUCCGAGAUCCACGCGGACGCAUUCGCUGAAAACAGUGCGCUGCAGGUGCUCGACGUGAGCCGCAACAACUUGACGACGCUCAACGUGAGCACGCUGGUGGCGCUUCCCGCUUUGCGCGCUCUCGGCCUCAGCGGAAACCCAUGGCGCUGCGACUGCGACACUGAGGACCUCUGCCUGUGGGUGCACAUCGAGGGCUUCAAGUUUCAGGAUGAAGGUCAAACGGUGUGCCAGAGUCCGGCGGAGAUGCGCGGCCGUCGCCUGGCUGAGGUGGGCAUGCAGCUGCGCUCUGAAUGCCACCAGGGCCUAGGCUACUGGGACUACCUGUUCUUCAUUGCCAUUGGCUUCGUCAUCUUCUCAGCAGGCACCGUUUCAGCUUGGGUGAUGGGUGUGCUCAUGGUGCUCUAUGAACGCUACAGCAAGAGGAAGAGCGAGGAGGUGGACAGCGGGGAUGAUGAGAACGUGCCCAUCCGCAACGCUGGGAGUAGCCAUGGCAACGGGGACCUGAGCAAGCCCAGCAUGCAGGUGUGAUGGGGGUGUGUUGGACGAGGACGACAGUGAUUACCGUAACCCCUGAUGACACAUAACAGGAGGAUUAAUAAGUGAGAUGGUGAUAAGGAUACUGACCACAUAUUUACCAGAUGGAGUAUGGCAUCUUUAAUGAUAAAGAAAGGGAAAAAGUGACAAAGAGUGUAUUUUGCUUGGGGUUCAUUACCCAUUCCAAAUAGUUUUAAAGAGUAUUUUGGGGCUUAUAACUAGUAAUAAUAGACCUAAACCCGGACACUGUGUGCAUAUAAACAUGAUCACAGAGCGGUAAGGGGCUUGAACAUGUCCCAGCCUGGCUGAAUAGGGAAAAACUCAGGCAGAGUGAGACAGAGAAUGAAACCUAGUCCCCACUAAUAUUGAUUUUUGUUUGUUUGUUUAAUUUUUUUCAUUUCCAAAAAGCUUAUCAUUCCAGAAUGAAAUGUGAAAAUGAUAAUGAAAAUGACAUGAUGGGCAUGCACACUGGAUUUCUGCCCAAUGACCUUUACAUCAUUUCCAAGAUUUUCAUUUGUUUUGACAUGAACGCCCCAGCAUCGCUUGUAUACGAUACAAAGCAGUCAAACAUGAAAUUAAAUUACCUAACACACAAGCACAAAAAAAAACCCAGCAUCCACCACCUUGGAGUUGUAGACAUCAUGUUGCAAUCACACAUCAGCGCAUUCCCGGUGGUCAAAAAUGCUUUGGUUUUUAGUCUGGCAGGAAAGGCAAAAAUGAAUAAGAAAAGAUGCAUUGUCAAAUUUAGCAGUGUUCGUGUGAACUAGGCCUGAGAAAGACUGGACUGAGUUAAUGACACGUUAAUAAUGCUCAUAUACAUUCACUCUCUCCUCCACACUUCUUGCUAAGAGAGUGAUUUAAUGAGAUGGGAUGGAGUGAAUCACAGGGCAGGCAGACUGUCCCUCUGUCAGGUCAAUGAGAUGAGGGAGGGAAUGAGGGCUGAUAUGAAUGAUUCAUCCAGAAAGGGACAAAAAAGGAGUAGUGCACUAGAUAAUCUGUUAAACUAACCUGCUAGUGAAGGGGGGGGCUAGAGUAUACCCAGGGGGUGGGUUGAUCAUUCAGUUGAUUGUUUGAUUGACUGGAUCAGUCAGGACACACUAAGCCAGUAAGUUUGUAUGCACUAUACCCCUAGGCCUUAUACACAGUGAAACCAGUGCAGCAUGAACAUACCUGCAUAGGUGACCCUGAUGGCAAUAGUGUGUGUGUGUGUGUGUGUGUGUGUGUGUGCGUUUGCGUGUGCGUGUGUGUAAAAUGAGGGAAUUGCGAAACUAAGUCAGCAUGCUGUGGCUUUAGCAAGACUCAGCCUUAAGCUAUGUUAAUAAAUAAGAAAAUAAACAAGAAAAAAGAAACUCAAUCUUCAUGAAUGUUCCCGGUGGCACAGCAGUGGGUAGAGUUGCUGCCUCACAGCUCCCAGUUUGAUCCUCAGCUCAGGUUACGGUCUGUGCGGAGUUUCUCAUACUGGGACCAAGGUUGUAACAAGUUGUUUCCGAUCUCCGACUAGGAAAAACCAAAGAAAAAUUCCCCGCUCAACUCAGGAACUCUGGACAGUUUCCUCAAUCCUGAGCAAAUCGACAUGAACAAGAACAGCCUGAACAGUAAAAAUAGAGUAGCACCUCAUCUUUAAAUGACAUAUUCUGUAUAUACAAUUAAUUGCUUUAGAUCAGCAUCCAGACAUAUUUGCUUCUUAAAUCUGUCCAGUUUGCUGUUUUGAGGAGGAAAAUAUACAUAAUUCCUCAUAAUUAGCUGACUAGCUUGUUACUAAAAGAGAGCAACAGAGAGAGAGAGAGAGAGAGAGAGAAAAGCCAAACAUGGAGGCAUCCAUGUGGUCUUUGUAACUCGAAAGCACAUGAGGUCAAAAAUAAUUACAAGUUCCUACUUCCCACUUCUGAGGUAUGUUUCAUGCAGCAUAAAUUAUCCAGGUAUGAAUGAAUGUAUUAGUGUGUGUGUGUGUGUGUGUGCAUUUUGCCCUGUGUUAGACUGCUGCAUUAUACAGGAAUGAAUCGAUGGAUGGAUGAGUUUCAUUUUGUUAACAUUUUGGAAUUCUGUUAACUUAUAGACCAAUUGUAAAAUAGAUGUACAUUUUUCAUAUUCACAUUCAACAUCCAUGGGUGUACUCAUCUGUACCAUGUCCCCAAUGUCCCCAAUGUCUCAGAUGUCCCCAAUGUGCCCAAUGACCCCAAUGACCCCAGUGUCCCCAAUGUCUCCAAUGUCCCCAGUGACCCCAAUGUCCCCAAUGUCUCUAAUGUCUUUUUUCUCUCCACUUCAAUUCCAAACUGAAUUUAUGUCUCACUCACUGGUGUUUGGUACGCAGAAAUGGAAGGAAAACCUACUUUCCUGGGUUUUCCUACAACAUUAAAGUACUUAUUAAACACGA